UUGUUUUCUUUCUUUUUCUUGGUUCUUAUGCUGCUUGUAGGAGGAUGAAAGGAGGCAGGAGCAGAAGCAGCCAACCUUAAUAAGGAACUCUGACAAUUUCUGAUCUCAAAUGGAGGCUGCUGAGUGGGAUUCACUGAAAAAUGACACCCUGCCAGGGACCCUGACACCAGCUGUCCCUCCGUAUGUAACGCUGGGCCUGACCAUUGUAUAUACUGCUUUUUAUUCCCUCCUCUUUGUGUUCAUCUACAUCCAACUUUGGCUGGUCCUCCACUACAGGCACAAGAGGUUCAGUUACCAAACUGUCUUUCUGUUUCUGUGCCUAUUUUGGGCCUCACUUAGGACUGUGCUCUUUUCAUUUUACUUCAAAGAUUUUGUCACAGCCAACUCUCUCCGACCCUUCAUCUUUUGGUUUCUCUACUGCUUCCCAGUUUGCCUCCAGUUUUUCACACUGACACUGAUGAAUCUUUACUUCACUCAGGUGAUUUUCAAAGCUAAGUCAAAGUACUCUCCAGAACUACUUAAAUACCGGUUGCCUCUUUAUCUGGUUUCUCUCUUCAUCAGUCUCCUCUUCCUCUUGGUGAAUUUAACCUGUGCAGUGUUGGGGAGAACAGAGAAUUCAGAGAGGAAAGUCAUUGUCUCUGUCCGGGUGGCAAUUAAUGACACAUUAUUUGUUCUGUGCGCCAUCUCACUCUCCGUCUGUCUGUAUAAGAUUUCCAAGAUGUCUUUAGCCAACAUUUACUUGGAAUCCAAGGGUUCAUCUGUGUGUCAGGUGACAACUAUUGGUGUGACUGUUAUACUACUUUAUACCUCAAGAGCCUGUUACAAUUUAUUCAUCUUAUCAUUUUCCCAAACCAAGAAAGUAAAUUCUUUUGAUUAUGAUUGGUACAAUGUAUCAGAUCAGGCAGAUCUGAAGUGUCAGUUGGGAGAUGCUGGGUACAUCGUAUUUGGUGUGAUCCUCUUUAUUUGGGAGCUGCUGCCCACUUCUUUGGUUGUGUACUUCUUCCGUGUUCGAAACCCUACAAAAGACCUGUCAAAUCCAGGAAUGGUACCAAGCCAUGGAUUCGGUCCAAGAUCCUAUUUCUUUGACAACCCUCGGAGAUAUGACAGUGAUGAUGAUCUGGCCUGGAAUAUUUCACCACAAGGCAUACAGGGCAGUUUCUCUCCAGAGUACUAUGAUUGGGGACAUCAAAACAACAGUUUCAUGGCUUACAUAGGAUCGCUGCAGCCAGAGUCAACAAUGAACACAGAACGGCCAAGCCCUAUAUAGCUCCAAUCAAUGACAGUAUUAAGACAUUCUAUAUUCUGAAAAACAUAAAAAACAAAAACAUAAAAAAUAUUCUGAAAAACAAAGUUUAGCCAUUUUCCUUCAUUUGUUGGUUUUUAGGGGCACUGUUCUUGUGCAAGGAAUAAGAGAUCUUUGCCACAGGAUUCUCGUAAUUUGAGAAAAAGUCUAGAUUAAAUAAUGGUUUAAUGUCAUGAAGCCACAUUUUAAUUACAUUGUUUUAAAGACUUGGUAUUUUAGACUGAUCCUACAUGUGCUUAAUUUUAUGCACUAAAAUACAUAUAUUGCAGAAUAAGGGCCGUAGUGGACAUAAUGUAUUCACUGUAUCUGUUAUUUAAAUCUCAGAAAGGUAGCUUUGUUAGUCUGUAACUUUAAAAUCAAUUAGUAGUCCUGUGGAACCUUAAAGACUAACAAAUAUAUAGGAUCAUGAGCUUUUGUGGGUAAAACCCUCUUCAUCAGAUGAAUUGUUCACGUUUUACCCAUGAAAGCUCAUGAUCCUAUACAUUUGUUAUUUGAGAGAGAGAGAUUUACAGAAACUAAACAAUGUUGUAACAUACUGGAAAUUCUUUGAGACUUUUAGUGUAUAUGACCAAGACUUUUUAAAAUGCACAUGUCACUUUAUAAAAUAUACCAUACCAUUUAUAAUGUAA